CACUAACAGGAAGAAGACGGGCAGAAAAUAAACAAAAGACGAGCUCGGCUUAAUAAAUGUUUUUAACGUUAACUAAAACAUUUUAACCACGCUUUUGCAGUCUUCAGGUUGAUUUAUUAACAAGGACUGUGCGAUCGGCCAUGAAUCCCGACCUAUCGCUGCGAGUGAGCGUAUUCUCCGAGCAAGGAGGAAGGAAAUACAUGGAGGAUUUAACAGAGGUGAUCGUGGAGCUGGAGCCCAGUGACGACGAGCUGCAAGCGGCCGGACACACCGACCCAAAGCCGGACCAGGAACCUGAUGCGGAACGCGACCCGUCGGACUGCAUAAACAAGCCGUUACCCGUCAUGGUAACGUGGAGAAAUACUCUGCCGUCUGAUGCGAGCGACGGUACGGAGGAGCACCAGAAUGAACCGGCGGCGCCGCAAAGCAGGAGAUCGGUCGGCUUCUUCGCUGUGUUUGACGGGCAUGGCGGGCGAGAAGCAGCGCUCUUCGCUCGCGAUCACUUGUGGGAUUUUCUAAAGAAGCAGCGAGGCUUUUGGUCCAAGGAUUACCGAAAAGUUUGCACCGCAAUUCGCAAAGGUUUCAUCGCUUGUCAUCAUGCAAUGUGGAAAAAGCUGCCUGAAUGGCCAAAGACAUUAACAGGCCUGCCCAGCACCUCGGGCACUACAGCCAGCGUGGUAGUCAUCAGAGGGGACCACAUGUUUGUGGCUCACGUUGGGGACUCAUCUGUCGUGCUGGGCGUGAGGGAAGAUCCCUCCGAUAAAGUCAUCAAAGCUGUGGAGGUCACACAAGACCACAAGCCAGAGCUCCCGAAAGAAAAGCAGAGAAUUGAGGGACUGGGAGGCAGUGUGGUGAAGAAGUCUGGAGUGAAUCGUGUGGUAUGGAAGAGACCUCGACUAACUCACAACGGCCCUGUAAGGAGGAGCACCCCGAUCGACCAGAUCCCCUUCCUCGCUGUGGCCAGAGCUCUUGGUGAUCUAUGGAGUUACGACUUCUACAGUGGAGAAUUUGUGGUGUCUCCAGAGCCUGACAUCAGUGUGGUGACCCUUGACCCUAGACGUCAUCGUUACAUCAUCGUUGGCAGUGACGGGCUGUGGAACAUGGUGCCGCCACAGGAGGCGGUGACUGUGUGCCAGAGCCACGAUGAAUCUGUGGCACAUUUCGGGAUGUCGGUCGCGCGGCGGUUAGGCUGCCACGCGUUGAUGCGCUGGCGUCAGCGGAUGCUCCGUGCAGAUAACACCAGCGUCAUAGUCAUAGCCCUGCCUGAGCCUGGAAAGGCCCACCUACCUAUGCACAGAGAUGAGGUCAUACUCAGCCUGACCGAGGGCCCACACUCCGACCUGGCAACAGGGUCUCGCUCCAACACGCCACUCAUCAAGACCCCGGAACCAGACCUCUCCUUAGCCAGCAGUGAAAUUUUACCAGCCCUGGAGAGAAGAAACGGUCUGUCAGGAGUUAAUCAGGAGUUAGCAGAAUCUGCUUUAGAUAAAAACCUCCCUUACAUUGAGCUCUUGGACCGAGCUGCCUUGACUCUGUGCCCCAGUGGAGACAACUGGACACUAGAGACGCCACUACCCUCCCCGGAUGUGUCGAGUCCGGUGGGAAAAAGGCCCAGACGCAGCCCUCUCACUCCCAGCAGCUCUCGACGGAGGACUGGCGAGCGCUCCGUACCCAAACGCAACGGCACCAAGAGUCCCAAACGCACACCCAGCGUCCCUAUAUUACAGCACCGUAAAGCAACCCUCUGCGUCUGCUGAAGAGAUCAACACAAACAUGAAGGGACAUAUAGGGAUCUACAUUCUGGUGUUUCUAUAUUCUGCAUGGUCACAUUAAUAAAUAACCGCCUUUGUUUGUGUCUUUGUGCCACUGUUUGAGUUUGUAAUCUAUGAUUUUUCAGUCCAGUCUAGUUUUCUUUUGAACUCUUAAAUGUGUGAAUGUGAGAGUUGAGUAAAAAAAUAAAUCUCCCUUUUAGCUUUCAGAGUUAUUUUAUGAGGAAAAAAUGACAACAACUGUGCAUCAGUUUUCUAAAGGGUAUAUUUGAAUCCAAAAUCCCUUUUAAUAAAAGAACGGCAUCAUUCAAGUCCAUCUUUUACAUUUAUGCUUAAGAGAUGUACAGAUUUUUGGAAAACGACCAAAUAGGUGGAGGUACUAUGAACUAUAUUUUUGUACUUGUUGUGUUUUUAACAUUUUCAAGAUACCCAUAUUAUUGUCUUGACCCAUGAGCUUGUGUGUUCAUUUACCUAUAUGCCAAUUUACAUUCUUUGUGUGUUACAUAUUCAAAAUAUUAUUAUUUAGGGUAUUUGAAUAAUAUUGUUAUGUUGAAAUGUUUUUUUGAGUUGCUCCAUUUCCUUUUUAGAGAGCAUGUAAUUUGACAAUGACCAAAUUAGAGACAACUCUCAAGAUUAUGGGGCUGUUUUACUCUUAAGGAAAGUUGCAUGUUCAGUCAUUUCCUUCAGAACUGUUUUUUUUUUGUUGGGAAUUGUUUGUUGACUAUGAUGCAAUCCAAAUUUUCAUAUGUAUUUCGAUAUUGUAACUUAUUUAAUAUCCUUUUAUAUCAAUAAUGUCAGUUAGUGUAAUGCAGAAACAUCUUCCAACACCAGUAACAGAGCUAAAUAUUUGGUUAUAAAUUGAUGGAUAUGGAGGCUUUUUACUAGACUGUACAGCACAAUUUUAGCAAGAUGUUGUUGCUCCAUGAAUAAAUGGUAUUAAACCUU